AUGAAAAAAAGUUUAAGUACGAUUGCAGGAAGAAUUCGAUUAAAUCCAGAAGUAGCCGCUCUUUAUGAAGGACUUGAUGAUGCGAGACGAGAUUUUGCUUAUGCAAUCCCCGUUAGUCUGGAACGUAUAACUGAUCCUUCAGUUUCUCCAAAACAAAUAAUUUUAUCUAUUGAUAUAGAAAAGGAUGAUUCCAAUAAAGAAAGAACGCUUAAGAUCUAG